GCCCUACUGCUUCCAAUCUCUCCAACUCUGAAAGCCAGACCUGUGAGUUCUCGAACAAGAGGACGCAAGAAAGAAGAGAGAGAGAAGAAGGUUUACAUGGAGAAGAUGAAUGGUGGAGGAGAAGGGGGAGAGGAGAUGGAGGAGGACGGGAAGGAGGAGAAGGGGAAGGGGAGGGAGAGGGAGAAGUUGGUGCUGAUGUGGGGGUAUCUGCCCGGGGUCUCGCCGCACAGAUCGCCGCUGCUGUGCCCGGUGGCCGUCCGGAUGCCGGAAUCCGCCGCCGGAGAUGGAUGGAAGGAUGUCUGUGGAGGCGGAUGUGGCUUCGCCAUGGCAAUCUCUGGAUCGGGCAGACUCCUUACAUGGGGUUCGACGGAUGAUAUGGGUCAAAGCUAUCUGACUUCUGGGAAGCAUGAGAAGUCUCCUGAGGCAUUUUCUCUUCCAACUGAGGCAGCCAUUGUCGAGGCAGCUGCAGGGUGGGCUCACUGUAUUGCAGUUACAGCUUAUGGAGAAGUCUACACAUGGGGCUGGAAAGAAUGUGUUCCAACUGUGGGGAUCAUAGGAGACCAGUCUUUAGGUGGAACAUCAGAGAAGGAUGAAAGGCAUAGCACAUCAUUGAACGAUCAAGGGAGUCCCAGAUCACAAAUGUCAAGAACAAGUAGGGGAACUGUAUCCGGCCCUGAGAGUAGCGGGGGGGAGGAAAGCACAAAGCGUAGAAGGAUAUCUUCAGCUAAGCUAGGACAUGAAAACCCAACAUCUGGUGAUGAAGCUCUUUCGGCUCCCCCAUGUCUACUGACACUUAACACAGGAGUGAGGAUUGCCACAGUAGCUGCAGGUGGACGUCAUACGCUAGCAUUGUCAGAUGUAGGUCAGGUGUGGGGUUGGGGAUACGGAGGGGAAGGGCAACUUGGGUUGGGUUCUCGUAACCGCACAGUGUUUUCUCCUCAUCCUAUACCUUGCAUUGAGCCAGCUGCUUAUGGCAAGGACCAAUCACCUGCAGCUACCAAAGGAAAUAAGAAUUCAGAAGGGCAAGCUUAUAAAGUCACAGGAAGCUGCAUAAAGGCAAUUGCUUGUGGAGGUCGUCAUAGUGUUGUUGUCACUGAUACCGGAGCACUGCUAACUUUUGGUUGGGGACUUUAUGGACAGGUAAUCAUCCACCGUUCCUGGUUAGUUGCAAUCGGGCGGUGGCGACGGCGAAGUGGCGGCGGCGUAGGCGGUGGCGGAGAAGCGACGGCGGACGCAGUGAUGCGGCUUGGCAACGGCGGAAGAAGAAGCGGCGGCCGAUCGAGACGACGGACAGAGGUAAGGAUUUUUUCUUUUUUUUUUUUUUUUUUUUUUGUCGCGUGCAAGGCACGUGCUACUCUUUUUUUUUUUUUUUUUUUUGAAUUACAGGUUCGGGUUAUCGGGUCCGGAUUUUCUGGUGCAACCCGCUCCGAUACCCGUUCAUCCGCAUGUGCAACUCACGUGCGCUGCUUUUUUUUUUCUUUUUCUUUUUUUUUUUUUUUUUUUUUCCGGAACGGAUCCGAGCUAGUGUGGCGGGCUAACGGGUCUGAGACUUACCCGUUUAGCUGGCCGUCUUCAACCUCCGACGGAUUCGUUGGGGAUGCGCCGGAUUUUGUGGCGGUGGCUGCGAGGCGGGAUGGAGAUCGCAGUGGCGACUCUGGGGUUCGCAGCGACGGGCGGCGGCCGGCUACGGAUACCCACGGGGCAGUGACCUCCUCCGAGGGUCGGACACGGCUAGCCGGUGACCAACACAAAGAGCUCGGGCACAGCGGCGCUUUCGUGGGAUUGCGACGAUCUCCAGCGAUGAACUAAAGUCACGGCGGCGAUGUUGGCGGUAGGGUGUGGCGGAGAGGAAGCAGCCGGCGAGGGUGGGCGUGGGUGUGGUGACGGGUGGUGGGGAGACCACCGAAGGGUUUCUUCUUUUCCUUCUUCUGUUUUGAAAUCGAGGGGUUGUUCUCUUUUUUUUUUUUUUUUUUUUUCUCCGGUGAAAACCGACAGAGGGGAAGGGGGGCUGGUGAAAACCGAGAGAGAAAGGAAAAGAGGAAACACGGGACCGUGGCUUUGGCAGCAGGGGCAAAGCCUCUUGCUCUGAUACCAAGUUGAUGCCGGACUAACUUGUAAAUGGAGGCAGGAGAAGAAGGGAAGAGAAGGAGGAAGAAGAAGAGAAGAAGGAGAAGGGAGGAGAGGAGAAGGAGAGGAGACGUGGGGAAAAGAGUUCUUUAAUUCUGCAUUAAACCCUAAUCAUGAAAAUAGUUCCCUAUAUAUAGGGCCCAGAUACACAAUUUGCAUAAACCCCCUUACACAGAAAUAAAUCCUAAUAAACCCACAAAUAACACAAAUAAACCACAACUAAGCCCUAAAAUGCAAAUAAGCCUAUAAAUAAAAUAAACCACAAUAAACCCUAAAAUGCAAAUAAGCCCAGAAAUAAAAUAAUAAAAUAAAUAUGCAAAUAAACGGGUCUGACUCAAUCCGGGGGCUCAGGAUCAUCUGGAUGAAGGGCUCUGAUGUCCCCAUCAACAAGGCUCUUGUAGAAUCAUGGAUAUUGUGUAAAUCUUUACGCACAUUUUACACACACAGGCAGGUGGCUUAUCGGUAGCACAAGGCACAAGGUAUUAGUUUCUUAAACUGUUCUGUUAUAUAUCCAAGAACAUAAACCCUGGGGUGAAUUAUAGUUUCCUGAGAAUGUAAAAUGGAGAUGGCAGAGUUAACUAGGUAUAAAGCAAAUGAUUUGUCACCUUUCGUCUUCAGUUUUAUUGCUCAUAUAGUUUCUUGCUGUUUCUCGGUAAUCUGCAGUUUGUAGGGCUCAGCCAAGAAUAAUGCAGCUAUAUCUUCCUCUUUAAGUUCAUAAGAAGUAUGUAAAUAUCAUUGACUUCAUGGUGCACAUUAAUGAAAUUACUGGUUUGUUGGCAUAUGGUUCGAUUAUAUAUAUCCAGCAACAUGCUCUGACUGCUCUCCAGGAUUAACAUGUAGGCAUUGUAGAAAAGAUGGAGAAAAAGCAAAGUAUAAUGUUGAAGAUGAGGUCAACUGUAAUAUGGGAAACAGCCUUUGUUGCUCUCUGUUGUGGAUUUUAUAUUGCAUUUUUCAGGAAAAAGACUCACAACACUUUUUUCCUUUUCA